GAAACAUAACUCUUAUCUAAAAAAAAAUUAUCUUUCAACUAAGAACCUCCAGAGUUAUUACAAUUCUUUUGUAUUGAGUAUCUCCCGCAAAAGAGAUAUUACUUGAGCUGGAAAUGGCAACUCUGUUGACGUUGGUUUGCAUAUUCGCUUUUGUUCAAGUCUCAAUUUCCGAUUCGCCUGUUCUUGCGUCAAAACCCAAACCAGUGGAUAUAGUAUAUACUUGUUUGAAGGUCGUAAAUGAGAAAGAAAGCAAAGAUGAUAUACCUCUCAUUUUAUUGCACGGUUUGACUGGAUCAAAAGAAAUGUUUCGGGGCAUUAAUGAAGUUUUAGCUUGGGAAACCGGAAAGAGAGUUUGCAGCCUUGACAUGCGAAAUCAUGGAGAGAGCCCAUGGAAUGAUGAGUUGGAUAUUGCUGCCAUGACAGAAGAUGUAAAACAUUUUUUGGAUAAAAUUAAAGCCCCAAAGGCCGUUGUGCUUGGAGUCAGUAUGGGUGGAAAAAUAGCUGUGCACUUAGCACUGAAUUACCCCACCAUGGUAGAUAAAAUCAUCUCUGUGGAUAUGAGACCAAAUAGUUUGAGCCCAGAAAGCAUAAAAGAAAUACUUUUCUACAUUGAAUUGCAAAAGGAUCUAGAAAAAAUAUUACCUCAAGGAGUCACCGAGAUGGAAGCAAAACAAACUUUAUUAAAGGUUCUGAACGAUCGUCUUGCAAAGAUUAAUUCGACCAUAGUCUUAAACGAUCCUGAAACAAUACCAAUUAAAUGUUCCGAAGGCAAAUGCAGUGUGAAGACCAAUCCUAAAGUUAUUCAAGUCGUUUUGAAUAAUAUAAUGGAUAUGUGGACUGAAAGUUCUGGUCACUUUGAUGGACAAGCUCUUUUUAUUUACGGUAUUGAAUCAAGUUUUAAAAUAGGUGAAGAUGAAGACAACAUCAAAAAAUUAUUUCCGAACGCAAAGCUUGUUGGGGUGAAAGGAGCUGCUCAUCUAGUGCACAUUUUCCCCGAAUUCAUGACUGAAGUCAUCAAAUUUAUUAAUCGGCCCUAAAGAAUGUUUAUUUUCUUUAUUUUUUUAGAAAGAACGUUUAUUUUCUUAUAUUUUUUUAGUAAAGAACAUAUUUUCUUGCAUCCAUAUAUAGUAAAGAAUUGAAUAAAGCCAUAUCUC